AAAAAAGCCGGUGCACCUUCCGGUUCACCCCUCUCUGCCCUGGAUGUGCCUCACUUGAAUCAGACCGCUUUUAUUUUACUGCAUUGGUAGCGGCCAGGCUGAAUGAUCUCGAAGCUUGUUUAACCGACGUAUAAUCUUGCGUCAUAUUGCUUCUCUUGUCGAUUUACCUUACAAUUAUAACAAAGCGUGAAACAUGUCCAGGAGACGACACAGCGAUGAGAAUGACGGAGGUCAGGCCCAUAAAAGAAGGAGAACAUCAGAACCCAUUGAGAUUGAAGACCGCCUGGAGUCACUGAUAUGUCGCGUGGGAGAAAAGAGUACAUCGUCGCUGGAGAGCAACUUGGAGGGCCUCGCUGGUGUCUUGGAGGCAGAUCUUCCAAACUACAAAAACAAAAUUUUGCGCAUUUUAUGUGCUGUUGCCCGCCUCCUACCUGAGAAGCUGACUGUUUAUACAACAUUAGUUGGCCUCCUCAAUGCCAGGAACUACAACUUCGGGGGCGAGUUCGUCGAGGCCAUGAUCAGACAGCUGAAAGAGACGUUGAAAAAUAACUUGUACAAUGAAGCUGUUUAUUUGGUGCGUUUCCUGUCUGACUUGGUGAACUGCCAUGUGAUCGCUGCUCCCUCCAUGGUGGCCAUGUUUGAAAACUUUGUCAGUGUUACUCAAGAGGAGGAUGUACCACAGGUUCGCUCGGACUGGUUUGUGUAUGUCGUUCUGUCCUGUCUGCCCUGGGUCGGUAAGGAGCUUUAUGAGAAGAAGGAUGUGGAGAUGGACCGUCUUCUCAGCCAGGUCGAAGGCUACCUCAAGAGGCGAGUAAAGACUCAUGUCUCGAUGCUGCAGGUGUGGACAGCAGAGAAGCCUCAUCCACAAGAGGAGUACCUGGACUGCCUCUGGGCCCAGAUUCAGAAGCUUAAGAAAGACCGCUGGCAGGAGCGUCACAUCCUUCGUCCAUACAUCGCCUUUGACAGCGUGCUGUGCGAGGCCCUACAACACAACCUGCCCCCUUUCACUCCACCAGGCCACAUGCCUGACGCCCAGUACCCCAUGCCCCGGGUCGUUUUUCGUAUGUUUGACUACACUGAUGCUCCAGAGGGUCCUGUUAUGCCUGGCAGUCAUUCUGUGGAGAGAUUUGUCAUUGAGGAAAACCUGCACUGUAUCAUCAAGACUCACUGGAAAGAGAGGAAAACAUGUGCUGCCCAGCUACUCAGCUAUCCAGGGAAAAACAAGAUUCCCCUCAACUAUCACAUUGUGGAGGUGAUCUUUGGAGAGCUCUUCCAGCUACCCUCUCCACCUCACAUUGACGUCAUGUACACCACACUGCUUAUUGAACUCUGCAAACUGCAGCCGGGAUCACUGCCCCAAGUUUUGGCCCAAGCUACAGAGAUGCUUUACAUGAGACUGGACACCAUGAACACCACCUGCAUAGACAGACUAAUCAACUGGUUUUCUCAUCAUCUGAGUAACUUCCAGUUUCGAUGGAGCUGGGAUGACUGGGCUGACUGCUUGACCGUGGAUCUAGAUAAGCCCAAGCCCAAGUUUGUCAAAGAAGUUCUGGAGAAGUGUAUGAGGCUUUCGUACCACCAGCGCAUAGUGGACAUCGUCCCUCCAACCUUCUCAGCCCUCAUCCCAGCAGAACCCAUCUUCAUUUACAAAUAUGUCGAUGAGACCGCCUCUACGUUACCAGGUUACCCAGUCUCCAUCACCGUCAGCAACGCCAUCAAGAACCGGGCAUCCAACGAAGAGAUUCUGACCAUCCUCAAAGAGGUGCCCAACCCCAACCAGGAAGAUGAUGACGAUGAAGUCGAGAGCUUCAACCCUCUGAGGAUCGAUGUGUUCAUGCAGACACUUCUCAAUCUUGCAGCCAAAUCCUUCAGCCACUCCUUCAGCGCCCUCGGCAAGUUUCAUGAAAUCCUGAAGGCCCUGACAGACAGUGACGAGGGGAAGCUGCACAUCCUCAAAGUGGUUUAUGAAGUGUGGAGGAACCACCCGCAGAUGAUCGCAGUGCUGGUGGACAAAAUGAUUCGGACACAGAUCGUGGACUGCGCUGCUGUCGCCAACUGGCUCUUCUCUCAGGACAUGGCUCAUGAGUUCACCAGACUUUUCGUUUGGGAAAUCCUGCACUCGACCAUUCGUAAGAUGAACAAGCACGUGCAGAAGAUCCAGAAGGAGCUGGAGGAGGCCAAGGACAAGCUGGAGAAACAGCAACACAAGCGGAGAGACAGCGUUGGUGACGAGGACAUGGAAAAGAACAGCGAGGAUGAGGAGGGUCAGCUGGAAGAGCAGAUCGAGAGGCUACAGGAGAAGGUGGAGUCGGCGCAGAGCGAACAGAAGAACCUCUUCCUCGUCAUCUUCCAGCGUUUCAUCAUGCUGCUAACGGAGCAUCUGGUUCGUUGUGAGACGGGCAGCGUCGACAUCAGCACGCCCUGGUACAAGAACUGUAUCGACCGACUGCAGCAGAUAUUUCUCAUGCACCAUGUGACCAUCCAGCAGUACAUGGGAACUCUUGAGAACCUCCUGUUCACUGCCGAGCUCGACCACCACAUCCUGGCCGUCUACCAGCAGUUCUGUGCACUGCAGCUCUGAGACGCACACUGGAUGAAAUGUGUACCUGUGCUACACCUACACGUUAGGAACUACCAGCUCUUGCAUCAAGAAUCUGCUCAUUAGGUUGUUUAUCUACAAAUUUUGUGUUUGGUGUCAUUCGACAUGUUAGCUAUGUGCAGCCACAACUGAGGGCAUCUUUCACAGUCAACAUUUAAAGAAGUCUGACUCAUCCUCUAUCAUUCAUUUGCUGUAGUGUUUUAUUUUAAAUGUAUUUACUUCAGUUCAGUUUUCAGUUUUGGUCAUUUUUCAUUUUAAUCAUAUUCUUAUGAAUAGUCUUUUUAAAACCGUAUGAAUUGUCUGAGUCCAGAUAGUCGGAGGAAUGGUCAUAGGAAUGGAGAUUUCAGGUCAGCUGAUUGACUGAAUCUAGAGAGCCUUCUACUUUUUUAUGUUUUAUGUGGAAUUCGGAAAUAAUUAAAACUCUCCAGUCCUU